ACACACACACACACACUUUCUGCCUGUCUCGCUCUCUCUCUCCUUCUAGACCACGUCCACACACGCUACAGACGAUCCCACCACAGGAAAGGCCAAACUAUGAAGCUUCAGCGAGCAGCAGCCACCAGAUGAUUUUAGCGAGUCGUUCGGUCUUCAUCGACUCAACUCUUACUUUGAAGGAGUCGCUUUUGUGCAAAGAAGCAGCCUGGUGCCCCUCGAAGUGUCCAUGCGGAUACGAGAUAAAAGUUUCUGCCACGUUUUAAAGGCCGAUCGAUUUUUAUUUGUUUUGGUUUUUUAUUAGUUUUUCGCCGUUUUCGCUGUCAGGACGGCGGGACUCGUGUAGAAAGUGAGUGCGCUGAGCCUAUAGAAGAAUGCUGCCCCUGCUCAUCACCCUGACCUGUGGUCUGUGCUGCUUUGGUUUUACCUCCGUCACUGCAAAUGUACUAAAAGCCGAGGCUUGGCUGCAGCAGUAUGGCUACCUGCCUCCAGGUGACGUCAGAGCCCAGGCCAUCCGCUCGCCAAAGUCCAUUGCGGCAGCAAUAUCCGCCAUGCAGAGCUUUUACGGUUUGCCUGUCACUGGCUCCAUAGACUCCACUACUUUAAAGGCGAUGAGUCGGCCACGAUGUGGUGUCUCAGACAAAUUCGGCCCGCAGCUGAAGACCAACCUGAGGAGGAAGAGAUACGCUGUGCAGGGUCUGAAGUGGGAAAAGUCUGAAGUGACCUUCAGCAUAGAGAACUACACCCCCAAGAUCGGUGAACGAGCCACGUAUGAAGCCAUCCGAAAAGCCUUCAAGGUGUGGGAGAGCGUGAUCCCGCUCACCUUCAGAGAGAUCCCCUACAGCCACAUCAAGGACAAGGUCGACAAGUUCGCGGAUAUCAUGCUGUCCUUCGCUGACGGUUUCCAUGGCGACAGCACGCCAUUCGACGGCGAGGGCGGCUUCCUGGCCCAUGCUUACUUCCCCGGAAACGGCAUCGGGGGAGACACACACUUUGACCUCGCCGAGCCGUGGACCACCGGAACGGUCGACCAGGGCGGUAAUGAUGUUUUCCUUGUGGCUGUCCAUGAGCUGGGUCAUGCCCUGGGUCUGGAGCACUCCAACGACCCCUCCGCCAUCAUGGCCCCCUUCUACCAGUGGUUUGAUACGGAGAACUUCCAGCUCCCAGACGACGACCGCAGGGGCAUCCAGGCAAUCUAUGGAACCAAGUCUGGGGCUCCCCCUCCCCCACCUCCUCCACCUCGACCCACGAAGCAGCCCAGUCCGGACCAAGGCCCGGACAUCUGCGAGGGACACUUUGACACCAUCGCUGUCCUCAGAGGGGAAAAGUUUGUAUUUAAGGACAAGUGGUUUUGGCGUGUGCGUAACAACAAGGUGUUGACAGGUUACCCAAUGACCAUCAGUCACUUCUGGAAGGGCCUGCCCUCAAACAUCAACGCCGCUUACGAGAGGGAUGAUGGCAAAUUUGUCUUCUUCAAGGGUGACAGGUACUGGGUCUUCAGCGAGUCCACCAUGGACAAGGACUCCCCCAAGAGCCUGAAAGACCUGGGCACCGGUCUACCCAAAGACAAGCUCGAUGCUGCUCUCUUCUACACGCCAACAGGACAGACGUACUUCUUCAGAGGCACCAAGUACUACCGCUUCAACGAGCAGACUCGCACCGUGGACAGCGGUUAUCCAAAGCCCAUCAGCAUGUGGAACGGCGCCCCGGAUAACGUCAAAGCUGCCAUCAUGAGCGAAGAUGGAUCGUACACUUACUUCUACAAAGCCAAUAAAUACUGGAAGUUCAACAAUCAGUACAUGAAGGUGGAGUCUGGUUACCCCAAGUCUGUGCUCAGUGACUGGAUGGGCUGCGAAAGCGACGAGCCCAAGAAGGGUCGGGAAGAAGAGCUGGUCAUCGUCAAUGUGGAUGUCAGUAUGGCGGCCGUGGUGAUCCCUAUCCUCCUACUGGUCCUAGUUUUGGUCACCCUGGGAGCGCUUUUGUUCUUCAGGAAGUACGGCACGCCUCGACGCCUCCUCUACUGCCAGAGAUCCCUCUUGGACAAGGUGUAGACAGAGUGAUUGACAGACUGCCGCAGAGGGACAGAAAGAGAGGGAGAGCGAGAGAACGAGGGCCGAGGGUGAAGAUGGAAGCUGAGAGGGGGAAUAUAUGGAAGAAGAGGAGGAGGAGGAGGAGAGCAGCUGGAGAAAAGACUGACGAAACGGGGGAUAGAAGGGGGACGAUGUGUUAAGUUUUUGGGUGGUUUGUAUGCGCCACAAAAGAGACAAAACAAAAAGGCCCUAGAAACUGAAAUCAGGAAAAUGUGUAUUUGUAUGUUAACUAAUUACAUGUACUGUUCUGAGUCCAGAGAUUGACAACAAACCCACAACCUCACGCAGAGAAGGGAAAUAUACAAAGAGGCCCAUGUUCAUCAGCAUCUCCUCUCUCACAUCCCAGGUAUCACUAAAACAUCCCUCCUUCCUUCCUUCUCCUUCAACUGGACGACUCCAACUGAACUGCUGUCUGACUCGUUUCUAAUUUUGAAAUCCGCGCCUCCGCGUUUUACGUAGAAAUUUGUCAUCUCUGUGAUACGUUUGAAAAUCCGUUGGGGGAGUUUUACUCUGAAAUUCACCGCAGUGUGACAAAGUUUCCACCUUCAACCUUGCAGUACUUCAUGUAUUUCUUCGAUUUCCCCUCUACCACUACGUAGGGCUCAUACUUCUUUAGCAGCUCCUGAAGCGUGUGUGUGUGUGUGUGUGUGUGUGUGUGUGUGUGUGUGUGUGCGUGCAUGCUGCACAAAAUAUCACAAGCUGUCAGGUUGGCAUUGAACGUCCAGUCAGAUUUGUAAACUUGUUCCGUCAUUCUUCUCAAGACUUAAAACUGAAUUUUAAACGAUUUUAUGAAGGCCAAACUUCUUGUACUGUUGCCUGUGUUUUGCCCGCGUUGUUUGAGGACUUUGGCUUCCUUUGGAAAGUGAAAAAAUGGGUUUGUUGAAGAAAAUGCUCAGUGUAGAAAACUUUAAAACAAUACCCAGCCUUACCACUUAGAGGAAACUCUCCCAUCUCGUGACCUUUAAAGAUGACCACAGUGAGUUUUAGUUGUAAUCACCUGCCUGCUAAUGGAUGGAUUUGAGUAUGAAACUAUGAGACUUUUGGACGUGCGGCGAUAGGAUUGGAUGAUUUGUGCCUGUUGUAAGCAGGAUCAUGUCCACAGAAGUCAACCUGCAGGAAGUGGUUUCCCCCUUGCAGCUGCAGGACAUCUACAAUAAAAACAAAAACAAAGAUGCUCCGUGUGGUAGAAAAACUAGAGGCCCUGUUUUUUUUGUUUUGUUUUGUUUUUUUACUUACUGCGUGUAACUGCAACUUGAUUCAAAGGCAAAACUCAGUGCAAGCAGUCAGAUGGGACAAAUGUUUCUUCAAAAACGCGAUGUUUUAUCACGCAAAACAUUCCAGUAACGUUUGUUGUUGAACACGAGCAGAGCUGCUCGUCCGGAUGUCUCGGUAUGCGGUACAGUUUCCAACAGUAUAGUGCAAUUUUUGAAUUAUUAUCGCGUUUAUGGGAAAUUGUUGUUAUUAUAAGUAUGGUUAUGGUUAUUAUUGUUCUCCUGGUAAAGUUAUAAUGACUUUUUUUUUCUUUUUUUUUUUUGGCUUCUGUACAUUGUCAUUUGGAGUCCUGCUGGACAGAGGCAUAACGUGACAAUGGUGGAAAUGAAUCCCAGUUUACACUCAGCAUGUGAUGAAUUAGAUCUGAUCAGGGGAGUUGACGCGAGUUCAGCGAGUUCCUUUUUACUCUGAAACAACUGAAAUUACCAGAAAUGUUGCCACAGAAUAACAAGCAAUGCUAUUUAUGAACGUUGAUGGUGCUCAAUGAUUUUUUUAUUUUUUUUUUACACAAAUCGAAAUUGAAAGUGAACUCAUUUAGUUAAUAACAAUGAUAAUGGUAAUGAUAUUUAUAAUGAUGAUCAUAUCAAUAAAAUGGAAUGGAGUUUUUUUUUCCUGCUUGUUUUCACUUUUGUAUUUCAUUAGAUAAAGUGAAAUUAAACUAUUUUCUACAAACACUCA